ACGAUCGUACUUGUGUUCUUAAAAAAAUGUCUACCGUGCACUACUUUGUCGCACAAAAAUAACGUCGUCGGUCACGUUCACUCAGCUGUUUCCAUCGCAUCGCAGAGGAAGGAAGGAAUUCAUUUCAAACACAUUUUAUCAAUAAUUUCAGGUUCAUUCUGUCCACAUGGCUCUACAGCCUUUUCGUUAAACGUCAGUGGCGAGAUGAGGCCCCUCAAAGACGCCCAGCUGGGGGCCUUCACCUUCUUUGCCUCAGCUCUCCCUCAUGAUGUCUGUGGAAGCAAUGGCCUCCCUCUGACCCCCAACUCUAUCAAAAUCCUGGGUCGUUUUCAGAUCCUCAAAACCAUCACUCACCCUAGACUCUGUCAAUAUGUGGACAUCUCCAGAGGGAAACACGAAAGACUCAUCGUUGUUGCUGAACACUAUGAAAGCAGUUUAAAUGAUUUCCAAAAGCAGGGGAAAACAACCAGCCCAGAGAAGGCGCUGCAGGUAGCUUAUGAGGUCCUUGAAGGCCUGGAGUUUAUGAAUAAACAUGGUAUGGUUCACAGAGCCCUCAGCGCUCACAAUGUGCUCAUGGACUGCAAGGGGAAUGUCAAGCUGGGGAAGUUUGGCCUUUAUCACAUGACUGAUCAUGGGGCUGAUGUAGAUUUUCCCAUUGGGUACCCAUCAUACCUUGCUCCAGAGGUGAUCGCUCAGGGCUCCUUCCACCCCAGUGACUCUUCCCACGAUGAAGCUCCUUUGCCCUCAGGACCCAAGACUGAUGUCUGGUCUCUUGGGGUUUUGCUCUUCGAAUUAUGUGCUGGCAGACGACUGCUGCACAAUAUUGAUAUAAGUGAGAGAAUGAAAUUCAUUCUGACCUUGGGUUGCAUGGAUGACAUUGUCACUGUCCUUGCUGAGGAACAUGGUUGCCUGGAUACCAUUAAGGCGCUGCCCGAGAAUGUUCUCGAGUUAUUAAGGAAAUGCUUGACUUUUCUUCCAUCCAAAAGGCCGACCCCUGCAGAGCUGCUGGGAGACCCUGUGUUCAGUGGUGUCUCCUGCCUCUACACGCCCUUCCAGAAGCCUGUCAGCCUGUUCUCUUCCUCCCUACGCUGUGCACACCUGGAGCUCCCAGAGGACAUCAGUGACCUUUGCAAAGAUGAUGAUGAAGACUACCUGUCAGAGCGAGCCAUAGAUGAGGUGUACCAUCUGUGGUGUCUGGCGGGGGGAGACCUGGAAAAGGAGCUGACCAACAAGGAGAUCAUACAGUCCAAACCUCCAAUCUGCACACUGCCCAAUUUUGUCCUGGAAGACGGGGAGUCAUUUGGCCAGGGAAGAGAUCGGAGUUUCUUGCUUGAUGACACUACAGUGACGCUGUCUCUGUGCCAGCUCAGAAAUAGACUGAAGGAUGUUGCAGGAGAAGCCUAUUACCCUCUACUGGAAGACGAACAGUCAAGCCUGCCCCAGUCCAACAGCAGCAAUGAGCUGUCGGCCACUGUCACGCUGCCGCUCAUCAUUCGUGAGAGAGACACCGAGUACCAACUCAUCCGCAUCAUCCUCUUUGACAGGCUGCUCAAGGCCUAUCCUUACAAAAAGACCCUGGUGUGGAAAGAGGCCCGAGUGGAUAUUCCCCCUCUUGUUCGAGGCCUGGCUUGGGCUGCGCUGCUGGGCAUUGAGGGAGACAUUCAAGCCAAAUAUGAGAGCAUAGACAAGGAUACUCCCAUACCGACGGACAGACAGAUUGAGGUGGACAUCCCUCGCUGCCACCAGUACGAUGAGCUCCUGUCGUCUCCUCAGGGCCACGUCAAGUUCAGGCGCGUGUUGAAAGCCUGGGUCGUCUCCCACCCCGAUUUGGUCUACUGGCAGGGUUUGGAUUCACUUUGUGCUCCAUUCCUCUACUUGAAUUUUAAUAACGAAGCCCUGGCAUAUGCAUGCAUGUCUGCCUUCAUUCCCAAAUACUUGUACAACUUCUUCCUGAAGGACAACUCUCAUGUCAUUCAAGAGUAUUUGACAGUCUUCUCCCAAAUGAUUGCCUUCCAUGACCCAGAGCUAAGCAACCAUCUAAAUGAGAUUGGCUUCAUUCCUGACCUUUAUGCUAUUCCUUGGUUCCUGACUAUGUUUACACAUGUGUUUCCACUGCACAAGAUCUUCCACCUGUGGGACACACUGCUGCUGGGUAACUCCUCUUUCCCCUUCUGUAUUGGCGUGGCCAUAUUGCAGCAACUCAGAGACCGUCUCCUGGCUAAUGGCUUCAAUGAAUGCAUACUACUCUUCUCUGACCUGCCAGAAAUCGACAUUGAACGCUGUGUUCGUGAGUCCAUAAACCUCUUCUGCUGGACUCCAAAGAGCGCUACGUACCGACAACAUGCUCAGCUGCCAAAAGCCACUGGUGACAACGGCUUUGGGAAAACAGCAACAUACUACUCAUCUGACUACCAGGACAUGUCCAAGACAGACCUGUCUCGGGAGCCUCUGGCGCUGUGUGACCUGAAAGCAGAAGUAUCCCCCCGGAUCUCGGCCGAGGACUUAAUCGACCUCUGUGAACUGUCAUUGGCCGGGCCCACCAAAAGGACCAAAACCGGCAAGCCCAAAAUCAUUGCUGUCGACAUUCGCAGUGCAGAGGACUUCAGCAGAGGCCAUAUAUCUGGCAGCAUCAACGUUCCUUUCAGCACAACGUUCAACCCUGAUGGUGAGCUGGUACAGUGUCCUGCAACAGGAAUCCUCCAGAACUACAGAGGGCGCGUCAUUGUGGUGAUGAGCAACGCCAUGAAGAGUGCUGCUAUGUUUGCAGCACACCUGGUCAAGGUAAAUUUCCCACGGGUUUGUAUCCUGGAUGGAGGGAUCAACAAGCUGAAGUCCACCGGCCUCCUUACUGUCCCCUCCCCCCAGAUCUGAACCUGUCCCCCGGCUUCACAUUAACAAAGAGGACGAGCGGAAAGACUGUAUACUUACCUUAUGAGGGAAAGGAAAAAAAAAGAAUUUCAUCAUUGCAUUUUCUACUGUGCUGCAAAAUGAAAAACCACUUGAGAUGAUCUCCUUCUUAACCCAGUUUGGUUUCAUCCCCAAAUAUAAUCGCAAGGCAAUUGUUAAAUUGUUUUCUGUGUCAAAACAAGAUUGAUUGAACCUUUUUCUUUUUCUCAUGGAACAACUGCUAUGUGCGGUAGUAGUUUUGCACUGAUACACUGAGCUGUCUGUGACCAGUAUAAAUGUCUUGAUGUAUGUCAGCCUGUCUGUUCUUAGCCAGUUGAUCUAAGGAACUCAGUGUCACUUUAAUACGUGCCCCAGCGUGAUCUAAUGCCAUCCAACAAAACUGCUCUGCUAUAAAGUCUAUUUUUAUGAUGUCUGUCAUGUUCUGUUUUCUUGCACUGUCAGAGGAGUAUUAAUUCAAUUAUACACCUUGUUUUCAGGCCAUAGUUAGUGGUGGCAUUGUACCUGAUUUGUGUUCCUGAUAUGUACUUCUAUCAAGAAAGCAGAACAGAAGGAGAAGCGCAGUAAAUAGCACAGAUGCAAUCAAAUAAAGUGUCCACUGAGUUUCUGCAUUUAGUGAUUUUAUAACUAGUAUUUGCAUUUAUCUUUUCACAUGUCUAAAUUGCCUUUGCUAUGUAUUCUACUGUGUGUAUCUGCCAUGUUGUAGAGGUCGGUUUCUAUCAUGUUACAGUUGUUUAUAAUCAAUAUAAUCAAUAUGGAUAAACAGUGGAGGUGAAUACAUUUUUGUUGUUGUUGUUGUUAUUGUGCUAUUAAAUCAGAACUGAUA